AUGUCGCUCGAUGUGCGGAGACUUCAAGUGCUAGCUAAUAGCGUAGAAGAAAGAGUGGAAGUCAAUCAGAGACACUUGAUUGACAAGAUCCUUGCUAGAUAUUCUGCAAAAUUCGUAGUAUUCAGAGAAUUGAUGCAAAAUGCAGAUGACGCAAAGUCAUCAAAGAUAGAAAUAGUUUUUGAAACAGGGGCAGAGAGUAAAGGCUUGAAUGGAAAAAAAUGCACUAGGAUAUUGUUCAAAAACAAUGGAUUUGCAUUCAGAACACAGGAUUGGGAUCGUUUGAAGAAAAUAGCCGAGGGAAACCCUGAUGAGCAAAAGAUUGGUGCAUUCGGUGUUGGAUUUUAUUCAUUAUUUUCAGUAUGCGAGGAACCAUUUGUCUCCUCUGGUGGCCAGGGCAUGGCAUUCUAUUGGCGUGGUUGUCAACUGUUUGCCAAGUUGGGACCGAUCGAUUCCGAUGAUGAUCAGUGGACGACUUUCUUGAUGGAUGUCAAGGAGCCCAUGGACAUUCCGACAACUGACGAGUUUGGAAAAUUCUUGGCAACGUCCAUGGGCUUCACUGGAAACCUUCAUGAGAUAUGCGUAUACAUAGACGACACAGUAAUCUUAAGCCUUUCUAAGAAAGCAAUGGAUUCACGGGUGGUUCAAAUAGCCAAUGAUAUGCACACAUACUCACCACGUAGGAUAUUUCAUCUCAAAGCGGUUGAUUUGCAACGUGUAGAAUUGAGAGUCGAACGUCUCGUCACAACAUCAAAUGCAAUUACCAGUCACGAUACAAAGGAAGCGAGUAUCUCUCUCUACAUAGCAACUGGCCAUCUAGAUGUAUCCGUGACGGAAGCAUUCUCAGCAGAUAUGGAACAUUCUACUAAAAAGAAACCACCAAGAACGACAACACUUCAAAUGCUGUUUCCAGAAUUUGAUGAACGUAACUUUUCUGCGGCUGAAAAGAAAGAAAUGGAUGUUCCCGAGAUAUUCAAAGGUUUGUCAACAUAUCCGAAACAAGGUAGGAUAUAUAUUGGUUUCCCGACGCACCAAACGACAGGAUAUGUAUCGCACUUGGCGGGAAGGUUUAUUCCUACAGUCGAGCGCGAGUCGAUAGAUCUGGUGAAUAAAACGUUGGCCGAGUACAAUGAGGAUCUAUUAUCGAUAGCGGGUGUGCUUUCUCGCAUAUUAUACGAAGAUCAAAUGGACCAAGUAUCCUGCCUCUAUGACAGCAGAAUUAUGUGCAACAUCUCCCUUGAUGACAAUGAAUUACAAGCGGCACGCGAAUCGGUCUACAAAAGAGGCACAUACUCUCUUACUUAUUUCACAUUUCGUCAAAGCACGCCCAAUGAUCGUGUGAGCACAAUAAUGGAAAAGACAUUUUUCUCGUGCUCUAAAAAACAUCUUCCUGUUAUUUCUUCCCUCGGUGUUCUCCCUAUUAACUUUGUUAGGUUACCCAACCAGAACAUGGAAGGAUUCAUCAAGAUAAUCCCUCUCGUUCCAAAGAGUGUACUGGAUAGCUGUGAAAAGUUUUUUGCCAAGGCUAAAGAACAAGCGAUGAUUACAGACAUCACCUUGGAUGAUGUGGUUACUACAGAGUUGCAGGAUCGAACGUUGACCGAGACAGAGAUGACAGCUCUUAUGCAAUGGUGGAUUGGCUAUUGUCCGAAUAAUAUAGUAUCGGACGCGGAAAAGUCUCGAUUUUUACUUCGGGCCGUGACCAUUGUUAACGGUAAUAAAAUGCCGUUGGCCAAAUUCAAAUAUUUUUUGAAUCCCAAAUUAAUACCGCAAGAGCAUGAUUUUCCUAUUGAGAUGUUGCCCUAUGCUAUUACGAAAACAUUUACUAAGAAGAAUGGGCUCGAAUUGUACUUCAAUAACUAUAAAGAGCUUUCGAUUCCCAAUUGGGUGGAUUUCAUCAUCAGGACACCAACAGCUCUCCAAAAACUCGAAUCCGAUAAAGUCUUUGCUGAAAAAUUUCUUGGUACCCUCAGUCGCGCCUUUGCGAAUCUUACUACGGCGGAUAAAAAGUCUCUCCAUGCGCUGAUACACCAAAAGAAAAUAAUUCCUACCAAAUGCGGAAUGUACGCACCUUACGAGGCCUAUCUGUCGUCGUUGACUCUUCUUCCUGAUUUACCGACGGUUCACUUAGAAAAACCUCGGUCAGUUUCCGAAAAUUUUCUCGUUUACCUUGGCGUUCGCAAGCAUAUUGACGUGCAAUUAAUAUCGGAUCGAUUACUCACCCGAGGAGAUUGGGAUUACGUGAAGCUCGUAAAACAUUUUACAACGAGAACCGAUGCUAUUACACCGGAAGAAAAGAAGAAAUUACAGAUGAUUCAAAUAUGGCCACGAGAGGAUGCUAAGAAGGCUAUUCAGAUAUGGCCGCGAGAGAAUGAUAAAAAGGACAAAAAGGAUGCUCGAUCACGAGAAAAUGAUAAAACGAAUGAAAAGACGGUUGCGACUGCAGAGCCAGAAAAAAAAUAUGUGAUAUCAGAUCUGUAUGUACCUGCGACGGAAUUGAGAGAGCUUGGAUUACCGAUUAUAAAAUGGAAGAGAUGGAGUGCUAAUACAGCUGAAGCCAAAUUUCUAAUAGAUAUCGGCCUCCGCACAUAUCCAACUUUACUCAAAAUUCUCACACUGGCUGCACCUCCAAACGCGCCUGAACUCAGACGUAAGGCUAUCGGAUACUUUCUUAAGAAAUUUGAGAUCCACUAUAAAAACGACUACAAAGACACUGUAAACAUAUCAUUUCUUCAGUGUGCUGAUUCAUCAACGUAUGUCACACCUCUCGACUGUUUUGCCAAUUCUGCGUGUGGUAUCAUGGGCUUUAACGUUUUGCACAAGAGCCUACUGAAUAGUGCUACAAUAUUGUGCGUCAAGACGGAUCCACCAAAGCUAAAGCUUAUUGAAAGACUGAUCAAUAAGCCGCCUAAGAAUAAAGAUGCGGCGAAGAAGAUGUUUGAAUAUCUUGCAACGCAAACAGGAUCGUUCGAGGCUUCAGAUUGGGAGAAAUUGGGAGAUGCUAAAUUUGUUCCUGUUGAGGACAAGAAGACUAUUAUACAUAUCUUUAAGGGAAUUACGAAAUAUGCUAACGCCGUCUCCAUUUUAUUGAAUAACAAACAUUAUCCCUACCAUUUACGCGUAUUGGCACUACCUAAUAUUAGCUAUAAAGACUUUUUCUAUUAUAUUGACUUUGGUGAAAAAGCACAUACCUUUCUCAAACUAUGUGGCGUCAAAUAUGCACCUACGUCAGAAGAACUUGCUCAAAUGCUUGUUCGUUCUUCGGCUAAGAUGUGGGAGACGAUGGGUGAUAAAUAUCUCGAGAUUCUCCGAACUAUCGCCGUACACAUUAAGUUAAUCCGUCAAAAUAAAGAACUGCUUUCCGAAAUGAAACGAGCGCGCAUGUUCGUCGGAGUUAGAAUGGAGUCAUCUGAUGAUGGCGAGCAUAUCAGGCGUUAUGUCUUAGCGAGGGCGCAAGAUAUUUUUUUGAAUGAUGAUCCUUACUUGUGUAGAAUUUUUGGUGUUUUUACAUGUCCGGAAGAGCGUGUUCUUGAAGAUCUUUAUCAGACGGUUGGCAGUGUAUGGCUUCAAAAGAAUGUACGAGUCACGCAUAAUACGAGUGGAGUAAAAGUAUCCUCAAAAAAAUCCAUGGAAGUCGAAUCAGUCAUAAAACAACGUGCACCUCUUUUUUAUCAUAAUCGUAUGCCUCAUGAAAUCCGUUUCGAUGCCGACUGGAUACAGAAACACAUCCAUGUCAAAGAAGUCAAAAAGAUCGAGAAACGUUAUUACCUAAUCCCAACAAAGCAAUACAUAACCGAAGACACUUCAUGUUUUUUCAAUUAUGUGGAAGCAAAUCGUACUUUAUGCAUUGUCGGAAGUAAGGUUGCUUACUUGGAGAUCGCAUAUAGUUUAUGUGAAGCUAUUUAUACAAAGCCCGGGUUGAACGAUCCAUUGAUUUUGUACUCAAUACUGACUUUACCGACGGACAGUCUCAGGAGACAAGGUUAUCCAGUAGAUAGGAUUCUGAAGAAGAAACAAGGGAAGGUUAUCAUCGACACGUCGGACAAGAAUCUAGGCCUGAAAACUAUGCCAAAGUAUACAAACGAAUUAGAGCGGGACUUGCAUAAUGCUGUGCUAUCUUGUAAGCCUAACAUGCAAGAUCAGUUGAUACUCGAAGCUUAUGUAGAUGACAAACCUAGCUAUUCCGUGUCCCACGCUUUAAAUCAUCCCUUGAAUUUUGUAUGUCAAGUUAACGGCAUAAGAGUUUAUGCAACGGCUGACAUUACUUCUGCGAAAAUCAAAGACAGGAAAGAUCUCAGCAGAUUUAUCGACCUCCUCAAAGAGCUCGGUGGUUUAUUCAAGUUAUCACAGGAUGUGUUACAUGUUUACUAUGAUGCAGAUGGGACGACGACUGCGUUUAAUCUUAAUGCGUCACUAUUCUUUAAUCUAUACGUUUAUGAGACGUUACAUGAUACGAACGCUGUGACGUUCAACCCUGAAGCGAUGACGUAUUGGUUCCUUACUUUUUGUCACGAAUUAGCGCACAAUUUUGUGAAGUCGCAUAAUGAGACUCAUGAGUAUUAUCUCUCAUCUUUCGCCAGGACUCAUAUACCACAUUUGAUUGCGAGAUUACAACAGCGUGGAUUAGAGAGGGACUUGCAUAAUGCUGUGCUAUCUUGUAAGUCUAACGUGCAAAAUCGGUUGAUACUCGAAGCCGACAAGCCUGGCUCUUCCGCAUCUCAUGCUUUAAACCAUCCCUUGAAUUAUAUGUGUCACGUUAGCGAGAUAAGAGUUUAUGCAACGGAUGACAUUACCUUUGCGAAAAUCAAAGACAGGAAGGACCUCGAAAAAUUUAUCGACCUCCUCAAAGAGCUUGGUGGUUUAUUCGAAUUAUCACAAGAUGUACUACAUGUUUACUACGAUACAGAUAGGACGACAUCUGCGUUUAAUCUUAAUGGGUCAUUAUUCUUUAAUCUAUACGUUUAUGAGACGUUACAUCAUACGAACGCUGUGACGUUCAGCCCUGAAGCGAUGACGUAUUGGUUCCUUACUUUUUGUCACGAAUUAGCGCACAAUUUUGUGAAGUCGCAUGAUGAGACUCAUGAGCAUUAUCUCUCAUCUUUCGCCAGGACUCAUAUACCACAUUUGAUUGCGAAAUUGCAACAGUUGUCUGACAAGUUAGACAAAACUUCAUUGACAUUUGAGGAUUUGUUGUCUUACGACUAG